GGCGUCUGAGCGUGAGAGACAGACAGAGGAAGAAGAGAGGGCUGGGGAAGAGGGGGCUGCUGGAGACGGACCGAGCAGAGUGUGUGGGAGGGGAGGACAUUGAGAGAGACUUGAGAGAAGCCGCAGGAGACCAGCAGGGUGGGCUGGGAGAGGCAGAAGUUUCUCUGCUAUCCAAGGAAGGGGAACCGGCUAUUUCCUCCCUAGCCUCCUUUUUCCUUUUACAGGAGAGACAGAGAAGCAAGAGAGACAGAGACACCCAGAGACAGAGGGGAUACAGAGAAGGAGAGAGAAACAGACAGAGAAGGCAGACAGAGACAAACAGAGUUAGAGACAGAAGCAAGAGAGACAGAGACAGACAAACAGACAGAGAGUUAGAGAGACAGACAAACAGAGUGUUAGGGCUGGAGAGCCAACAGCACGCACACACCCACAUCCCUUCCUCAGGUGUCAGAUCUUCAGCUGCUGGCCAUGAAGAGAUUGGCUGAAGACAGCCCAUCAGACAGUGAGUCUGAGGGCACCAUAGAUGUGGGCAAAGAGGAAUACAGCCAAGGUUCUGGGGCCCAGUCCCCCUCCACCACUUCGCAGAUGCAAGCCAGGAAGAAAAGGAGAGGGAUCAUUGAGAAAAGGCGGCGGGAUCGCAUCAACAGCAGCCUGUCCGAGCUUCGCCGCCUGGUCCCCACGGCCUUUGAGAAGCAGGGCUCCUCCAAGCUGGAGAAAGCAGAAAUCCUACAGAUGACCGUGGACCAUCUGAAAAUGCUCCGUGCCACCGGAGGGUCUGGACUUUUCGAUGCCCGGGCCCUGGCAGUGGACUACAGAAGCAUUGGCUUUCGAGAGUGCCUCACAGAGGUUGGGAGAUACCUUGGGGUCCUGGAGGGCCAGAGCAGCACGGAGCCCAUCCGCCUCCGCCUCCUCUCUCAUCUGCACAACUACAUUGCCGAGAUGGUGCCCUCACCAGGGGCUGCCACUUUCCUGCCUUGCCCAGCUUGGCCCUGGGCAUUCCCCCAUGGCUCCUCAGCAGCCUCGAGCCAGCUUCCAGUCCCCCAGCAAGUGCCCAGCCCCGGUCUGGCACUCGUGACUGCCUCCUCUCUGGCGUACUCCAUCCCUAUGCUCCGAACGGCCCCUCUCCACCGAAUUUCUGGUGCCAUCCUGCCAGCCCGGAAGAGCUUUCUGAGCAAUCGGGUGCCAGCAUCCCCACAUAGAGCCCGCCCUGCAGGAAGGCCCACCAGUCCAACCACGAUCCCUAUGGGUGGUGCAGCUUCCAGAAACAGCCACAUUGCUGCAGUCCUGCUCUCCUCCUCCUGCUCCCCCUCCACGGGAGUUCCGAUCCCUCCUGCCUACUCGUCACCCCCUGCACUGAGCCCAUCUGCCCAGGGACCAGCGGGCAGGGUCGGUACUGCCAGACUCUGCCGCUCCUGGACUACCGAAGUUGGAGCUUUCUGAGGUGAUUCCCUGCCAGGUGCCAGAGAACACACACAGCGUCCAGUUCCCGGGGUCCAUGACCCUUGCCAGCCUGACUUUCCCCCUUUCUUUCCCUUAUGACAUCAGGAUGUAAAGGGCUCCUUCUUCCGUCAUCAUCCCAACUCCUCUCCUUACCCAGUAUCUCCUUGCUUCUUACAGAAAUCUCUCCAUUUCCCAUCUUCGGGUCAUCCUUCCAGCUUCUGACCUUCAUCUAUUUCCCUUUUUCCAUUUCAGUUUUACUAGUUGUGAAACUGGUUGCCUGGAGUAUCAAAAUGCGCCUUAAAUUCGAAGCCAGACCAGCUUCAUCUCCUGGCUCUCCUUCCUGACUAAGGGACGCUGGGAAAGUCCUUCCUCUCUGGGUCUUCAGAAUGGAGGAGUGGGACUAGAUGCUCUCCCCAUCCCUUUCAGCUCCAUAGCUUCUCAUGCUGUCUUGAUGUCUGUGGGGACUCCCCAUAUGCGGAUGUAUUUCACCAUGUAAUUGACAAAGAGACCACAAACCUUGCCAGUCUCCUCUAGGGGCAGGGAAUUGUGGGCUUCCCAUAGGUGGUGUGGGGGCUCCCCAUAUGCGGAUGUAUUUUACCAUGUAAUUGACAAAGAGACCACAAACCUUGCCAGUCUCCUCUAGGUGUAGGGAAUUGUGGGCUUCCCAUAGGUGGUGUGGGGGCUCCCCAUAUGCGGAUGUAUUUCACCAUGUAAUUGACAAAGAGACCACAAACCUUGCCAGUCUCCUCUAGGGGCAGGGAAUUGUGGGCUUCCCAUAGGUGGUACUAAUCUGUCAGAAUAGCCUGAGCACCAUGAACCACUGGGUAAGUUCUCUUUGGAACCCUGAUCAGAUAUCACUGGGUGUUCAUUCCUUGGUUCCAGUUCCUGUUCCUCCUUAUGGAUACCCCUUAUUGAACACUGAUUUGCCCCAACUCCUCACCUCAGCUUCCCCUUCAGAGCAAUAAUUCCCAGGGAAAGGUUCCCCCCUUUGAAUGGCUCUGUGGCAGCUAGUCAGCUAGGUCCAUAAGUGUUGGAUCUGGAGCCAGAAAACCCACAGUUCAAAUCCUACUUAUUAGGUGAGACCAUAGGCAAGCCCCUUAUCCUUUCUGUGUCUAUUUCCCCAUCUGUUAAAUGGAAAUGAUAGUACCUGUUCCUAGGGUGGUUGUAAGGAUCAAAUGAGUUAACAUAUGUAAAAUAGUUUGUGAACCUUAUAGUGCUAUAUGUAUUAAUACUAGUCAUUAUUCUUAGCCCAGUUAGUCAUGCAUUUUUGUGGGUCCAUGACAAAGUCAACUCUUUGCAUGGCCCUUCCCAGCAGAAACCCUCAUCUGGGAUCAAUCAUGUUGGAGGGAUAGGGGAGGAAGAAGAGAAGGGAGGAUGUUUUGAAAGCACAGAACAUUGUUUCCCAGGCCAGCUGGCCCUUCUGGGAGGUCAAGCCCAGAAGGAAUAAAUGACUUUGAAGCACAAGUUUCUUGAGAAUCCUGUUUCACGACAAGCAGCUGGAGCACAAUGUCUGACCCUGCCACAGUGAAAAGUGUGAAUAAAUAUGAGGAAACACCAUAAUAAGAACCACUGGGCAAGAUCACACUUCUGCCUUUGUCCCAUUUUACUUUGGAUGAAUUAGAAAAACAAGGUCACAAGAUCGAAUUUUUGUCCCUUAUGUUCAACCAGUGAACAAGUCACAGAAUCAAAGAAUCUCAGAGUUGGAAGGGUCACAUAGGUAAAUGUUUAACAACCAGCUUUGGGGAUGGAGAUGGGGGGUAGAAGAAUGAAUUAUAUGUGAUAUAUGUUUAAGUUUAAUCUACUUUUUUUUUUUUCCUGAGGUAAUUUCUCUGAGGCAAGUGACUUGCCCAUGAGCACACAGCUAGGAAGAGUUAAGUGUCUGAGAUCAAAUUUGAACUCAGGUCCUCCUUUCUUCAGGGCUGGUGCUCUAUCCACUGCACCAACUAGCUUCCCCCUUAAUCUACAUUAUUAACAUUUUCUUCAUAUCUUUAAAUCUAGGCAAUCAACAAAAGAAUAGAUCAAAUCCAAAUUUGUAUCAUUUAUUUCCUAGGUAUAAAUGUUCACAAUGAAAAUUUAACAAUCAGCUCUCUUCAGCAGGUUCCUGGCUUCAUUGGAGGCCAUCUAUCUCUGAUUUGUACAUGAAUGGGAGUCCUGGGAUUAUAAACUCAGAGAUCUAGGGACUGAGGACUGGGGAUAGUCAUCAUGUCCAACCUCUCAUAGAACAAGACACUGAACCUUAGAGAGGAUGUAAGGUCACACAGGUAAUAAGACAGAUCCCUUAGUUCCAAAGUCUGUGUCUUCCUUGAGCCACGACCAUUUUUCAGAAGGUCUCGUCCAGUCUUCGCUAGAUAAUCUUUCAUGACAAGGAGCUCCAUUCUACAUGGGGACAGCACUUGUCAGCUAGUGAAUUUUCCCUCACACUGAUUCUAUAUCCAGUGCUUGGGACAGAGCCUGCCACCUAGUAAAUGCUUAAUGAAAGUGAAUGGAAGUGCCUUAGCUCUGCCUCUCUGAAGAUGCUCCCAUUGCUGCUGGUUCUACCCGCUGGGGCCAAACAAAAUGAGUCCAGUCCCUCCUUCACAUGACAACCAUUCUGUUACUUGAAGAGGACUAUUGUAUCCUGCUCUGAGCCUUCUCUUCUUUUUGCUGCAUAUUCCUAGGUCCUACAAUAAAGUUUUCUAUGGUCCAA